UCGGGCUUUUACAUCAUCCUCUCGUUGACAUUUCACGUUAUUCAAUAACACGCCAUGGCGUCCAGGACGGGAUACUAAGCCGUAAAGCUCCGUGUUUUUGGGGACUGAAAGAACCGGGGGAGGAUGUCUCAGGUGCUGAGGCUGCUGUCGGCUGCUGCCUUGCCUCUCUGCCGCGCUGGAGGAGCCCGGGCCCGGCUGCGGGAGGUCGGAUGCGGGAGGUCCUUCGCCCUGAACGUCUGUCGGACUCCAGGGAACCCUCUCUUCUGUCGCAGAUUCCAGUCAUUUCAGCGGCGACUGUACUCCUCUGAACCCAAAGAUGGAAAAGGAGGAGGAGCAGGAGGAGGAGCAGGAGGAGGAAAAUCAUCAGGUGGAGGGAAGAGAGGAGGAAAAGACUGGUGGAGCCGAAUGCAAAAGGGAGACUUCCCGUGGGACGAGAAGGAUUUCCGGUACCUGGCGCUCACGGCGGCCGGAAUCAGUUCAGCGCUGCUCUACGUCUACUUCAGAGACAACGGACGAGAGAUCAGCUGGAAGGACUUUGUGCACCACUACGUCAGCAGGGGAAUGGUGGAGCGGUUAGAAGUCGUCAACAAACAGUACGUCAGAGUCAUCCUGGUGCCGGGAGCCGACCCUGACGCGAGCUACGUUUGGUUCAACAUCGGCAGCGUGGACACGUUUGAGAGGAACCUGGAGGCGGCGAGCAUGGAGCUCGGUUUGGAGCCGUCACGCCGCCCCGCCGUCGUCUACAGCACCGAGAGCGACGGCUCCUUCAUGAUGAGCAUGAUUCCCACCCUGCUGCUGAUCGGCUUCCUGCUCUUCACGCUGCGUCGGGGGGCGAUGGGCGGGGGCCCCGGCGGCGGGAAGGGGGGGCCCUUCAGCAUGAGCGAGUCGACGGCGAAGAUGAUGAAGGACAACAUCGAUGUGAAGUUCAAGGACGUGGCCGGCUGUGAGGAGGCCAAGCUGGAGAUCCUGGAGUUCGUCAACUUCCUGAAGAACCCGAAACAGUACCAGGACCUCGGGGCCAAGAUCCCCAAGGGUGCCGUGCUCUCCGGACCUCCCGGUACCGGUAAGACUCUGCUGGCUAAAGCCACAGCCGGAGAGGCCAACGUCCCGUUCAUCACCGUCAACGGCUCCGAGUUCCUGGAGAUGUUCGUGGGCGUCGGUCCUGCGAGGGUGAGGGACAUGUUCGCCAUGGCGAGGAAGAACGCGCCCUGCAUCCUCUUCAUCGACGAGAUCGACGCCGUGGGCAGGAAGAGGGGGAACUUUGGAGGUCAGAGUGAGCAGGAGAACACUCUGAACCAGCUGCUGGUGGAGAUGGACGGUUUUAACACGGCGACUAACGUGGUGGUCUUGGCUGGAACCAACAGACCCGACAUCCUGGAUCCGGCUCUGAUGAGACCGGGACGCUUCGACAGACAGAUCUACAUAGGUCCUCCGGACAUCAAAGGCAGAGCGUCCAUCUUUAAAGUCCACCUGAGGCCGAUCAAAACGGACCCCAACAUGGACAAAGACGUUCUGGCCAGGAAGAUGGCCGCCGCCACGCCGGGAUUCACCGGCGCCGACAUCGCUAACGUCUGUAACGAGGCGGCGCUGAUCGCUGCUCGUCAUCUGAACAAAUCCGUCAACGCCAAACACUUUGAACAUGCGAUCGACCGCGUCAUCGGAGGUCUGGAGAAGAAGACUCAGGUUCUGCAGCCGACGGAGAAGAAGACGGUGGCGUACCACGAGGCCGGUCACGCCAUCGUGGGCUGGUUCCUGCAGCACGCCGACCCGCUGCUGAAGGUGUCCAUCAUCCCUCGGGGUAAAGGUCUGGGUUACGCUCAGUACCUCCCCAGAGAGCAGUACCUCUACAGCAAAGAGCAGCUGUUUGACCGGAUGUGCAUGAUGCUCGGGGGCCGCGUGGCCGAGCACGUCUUCUUCGGCCGGAUCACCACCGGAGCUCAGGACGACCUGAAGAAGGUCACGCAGUCCGCCUACGCCCAGGUGGUCCAGUUUGGGAUGAGCGAUAAAGUGGGACAGGUGUCCUUCGACCUUCCCCGUCAGGGCGAGAUGGUCCUGGAGAAGCCGUACAGCGAGGCCACGGCGGUUCUGAUCGACGAGGAGGUCCGAGCCCUGGUGGACCGAGCCUACCAGAGGACGCUGGAGCUCAUCCAGCAGAAGAAGGAGCUGGUUGAUCUGGUGGGGAAGCGUCUCCUGGACAAGGAGGUUCUGGAUAAGGCCGACAUGUUGGAGCUGCUCGGCCCGCGGCCGUUCGAGGAGAAGUCGACGUACGAGGACUUUGUGGAGGGAACGGGGAGCUUUGAGGAGGACACCAGCCUCCCAGAGGGCCUCCGAGACUGGAACCAGGAGAGAGGAGGAGGAGAGGAGGAGGUGACUCAGGACAAACAGCAGGCCAUGUAGAGACGGAAACUCGGAUCAGAAGAACAAACUCUUCACAUCCAACUCAACGCUGACUCAGAUUAAUCAUUUCUGCCCUCAGAUUACUUUAAGAUUUAUUUUGUUUCACAUGUUUUGAACAAAAGAAAAAUGAAGUAAUUUAAGAGCAGAAAUGAUUAAUUCAAAGACACAAAUGAAGUCAUUAAAGUCUCAUUUGAGUCAGAAAUGUUCCACCAGACUCCGUUUAUAAUCUCUGCCUAAAUGUAGACUUUUCUUUCCCUUCUGAGGCUUCGAUCCGUCUGUUUCUGCAGCGUUCGGACGGGGAGACGCUCCGAACCAUCACACAGGAGGCUGCUUUUCAAUAUUCUUGAACUGAGUGUGAAUGACGCACAUUUCUAUUUAUUUAUUGCAUAAAAGGGGGUUUGCUCCCCGACUGACGUCCCGAUAACGAGGAAGAAAACAGUCUGAAGAACCUUCCUGCAACCAAAUUUAGAACAUUUUACAGGUUUAAAUAUUUUGAGAAUUGAUGUGACGUUUUUUGUUUUUGUUUUGUUUCCUACAACAAGUUUUCUUUUAUUAUCUGGUAACACGGACAUGUCGGUGAAUAAAAAUCCUCAGCGACUGUUUGUUUGAACUUUACAGUUUCUUUUGUACAAACCGCUCGAAAGCUUGUGUAGAUGAUUGUAUAGGUUUUUCUUGAUAAAAGUAACAGGAAGCUGCUACGUCACAAAAUAAUAAUAUCUGCGUUCUCUAUAAAGGAAUUCUGCUGAUUUAAAGGAGAAACGUUCCUCAAACAUCGACACAAAAAGUCAUUUUACUGCAGAAACGCUGGACUCGUUUAUUGUUUUAUUGUUUAUAAUCCAACCAUUUAAAUGAAAGUACUUUAAUGAGCCUUAUUAUUGUGAUUGUUAUUAUAAUUAGUCUGAGAUGAUUAUCUUCCAUAAACCUAUUAAACCUAUGAAGUACUCUGCUGUAAU